AUAACUAUCAACAACGAAGACCAUGUCAAAAAUCGCUUGCAAAAUACUCAAGGGGGCGUAGUAAACACAAAAGGGUACUUGAAUAUAGGUUGUCUUGAUUUGGCAGUGGUUAGCACAGUACUGCCUUAUAUGUCGUGUUCGGCUCAACUCUCCUCUCUGCCCACAACACCCUCUGCGAUUGCUGAUACACGAUGUUUGAUCGAGUUAAGUUUUCUAACAGAGGACCCUCUCCUGCGCCUCCCGGUGGCCCUUCGCGACCCUCGACCUCUGUUCCCAGCCUUCAGAUCACUACUUCUCCAACUGAAAGCGAUGCAAUAACUAGCACAGAUUGCGGCGGAUCUGAUAGACCCCGUCUUGAGCAUCUUACUACUACUGGCGGUAAUUCUCGAGGCCGGAAGCAGCGGUGGUCUGUUCGGCACACUAUAGCUAAACUGUUGAGCAGAAGUCCCAGCCCCGAUCCCACUCAUAUCGACCAACCGAACCCCUCCGAUCCCAGACAAUCUGACCCCUCGGCGCCCGAUCUGCCAUCCCCGACCGUCCCUGCUGGUGACGGAAAGAAAACAAUCAUCGCCGCCACAAGGCUCGUCCUCCAAACUGCCGCCUCUGCCCUUAAGUUCGUCCCUAUUCCAAACCUCGAUCAGAUACCAAGUAUACUUCUAACAUGGCUCCAAGUUUACGAGACGAUCGACAACAAUGACGAGAAUCUCAAGGGAUUAGACGAUGAAGUUCGAAACGCCCAGGAAACAAUCUUUAGGCCUCUCCAGUUGUGGACUGGCCAAGUUCCUCUCGAAAUAAGUGACCUGAUUCAUCGAUUUAACUUGUAUGUGCAUUCAAUUCAUCGCCCAAAUCUUAACCCUCGGUCACAGAGCCCUAGAACAACAAUUAAAGCAAAUCGAGGCACUCAAACGUCAAAAGCUUGCCAAGAGGGUAAUUUUAGCGACUGAGAUAACCCAGGAAAUAAGCGCUGUGAAGUCCUGUAUCUGUGAUGCUGUCUCCCGCUUUACGGUUCGUUUUGUUGGUGUUCAGACUGCCCGAUGACUUGCCUGAGUUUACUCCAUAGACCACUGCAACAACUCUGAAUCUCCUCCACACAAUUCAAUCAUCGGUGGACCGCGAAC